AUGGGCUCGGCCACCCUGGACCACCACCCAGAGGACGGCUGGAACAAAGACUGCGAGAUGGGAUUGGUCAAGUCCAGAGGAUUAGGCAACACCAGCCCCUCUGAUAGGACAGAAACGGCUCCCAGCCCCUCCCCUUCCACAGAGACAGAGACAGACAUCAAUUCAGAGCAGGAUCAAGAGUCCCUACCAUCUCCAUCUCCCUCCACCACGGGCACAGACUCCAAGCUCUCUAGCUACUCUAGGACCAUAACGAACCAGCUUACUGAGGGCUAUGAGAAUGUAGACUCCACCACAAGCGAUGAGGCUGCCAUCUUGGAGACAGAGGACCUGGACUUCAUGGGAGGGAUGGGAGGGGGAGGGGGUCUUGACCCUGACACCAUCUCCCUGGCCUCAGUCACAGCCGUCACCACUAACGUCUCCAACAAGAGAUCAAAACCAGACAUUAAGAUGGAACCUAGUGCCGGGAGACCAGUGGAUUACCAAGUUAGUGUUACCAUCGUAGAGGCCAGACAGCUAGUAGGGCUGAACAUGGACCCAGUGGUCUGUGUGGAGAUCGGAGACGAUAAGAAGUACACUCAGAUGAAGGAGUCGACAAACUGCCCAUAUUACAAUGAGUAUUUUGUCUUUGACUUCCACGUCCCAUCGGAUGUUAUGUUUGACAAGAUCCUGAAGCUGUCGGUCAUCCACUCCAAGAACCUGCUGCGUAGUGGCACCCUGGUUGGCUCCUUCAAACUGGACAUAGGCACCGUCUACUCACAGCCAGAACACCAGUUUUUCCACAAAUGGGCCCUUCUCUCUGACCCUGAUGACAUCACGGCCGGGUGCAAAGGUUACAUUAAAUGUGACAUCGCCGUUGUGGGGAAAGGAGACAACAUCAAGACUCCCCACAAGGCCACAGAAACUGAUGAAGAUGACGUAGAAGGUAACCUGCUGUUACCUGAGGGGGUUCCCGCGGAGCGCCAGUGGGCUCGCUACUAUGUGAAGAUCUAUCGAGCCGAGGGCCUUCCCAAGAUGAACACCAGCAUCAUGGCUAAUGUCAAGAAGGCUUUUAUAGGGGAGAACAAGGACCUUGUGGACCCUUAUGUACAAAUACUGUUCGCUGGCCAGAGGGGGAAAACAUCUAUCCAGAAGAGCAGCUACGAGCCCAUCUGGAACGAGCAGAUCAUCUUCACUGAGAUGUUUCCACCGCUCUGCAAACGCAUGAAGGUCCAGAUCCGCGACUCAGACAAAGUGAACGACGUGGCCCUCGGAACACACUUCAUUGACCUGAGAAAGAUCGCCAAUGAUGGAGACAAAGGCUUCCUUCCCACCCUGGGUCCGGCCUGGGUAAACAUGUAUGGCUCCACGCGUAGCUACACCAUCAUGGACGAGCACCAGGACCUGAACGAGGGUCUGGGGGAGGGGGUGUCUUUCAGGGCCCGUCUGCUGGUCAGCCUGUGUGUGGAGAUCCUGGACACCUCCUCUCCGGAGGUUAUGAGCUCUACAGAGGUCAAGGUGGAGGGGGUGCCCAAAAUCUCAGAGAGCGCCACAGGGAAAGUGGAGGAGUUCUUCCUCUUCGGGGCGUUCCUGGAGGCCACCAUGAUUGACAGGAAGAUUGGGGACAAACCAAUCUGCUUCGAGGUUACAAUAGGUAACUAUGGGAGUGAGAUUGAUGGUGUGACCAAACUCAAGUCGAGUAGCGGGAAGAAGAGUGGGGGAGACGGAGAUGAAGAGGAGACAGAGCUGAUCCAUGGAUCUAGUGAUGAAGAGGAGGGAGAUGAUGACAAUGACCUGGUCUCAGUGUCCACCACCCCGCCGAUGAAACCAGUCAUCACCGACAGAAACUAUUUCCACCUGCCUUACUUUGAGAGGAAGCCGUGUAUUUACAUCAAGAGCUGGUGGCAGGACCAGAGAAGAAGACUGUACAAUGCCAACCUUAUAGACAACAUUGCCGAUAAACUGGAGGAGGGUCUGAACGAUGUUCAGGAGGUCAUUAAGACAGAGAAGGCAUAUCCUGAACGCAGACUGAGAGGGGUCUUGGAGGAUCUCAGCAAUGGAUGCAGUCAAUUUCUGACUCUGGCUAACAAGGACCAAAACCAGACUGGGAGGACCAAGCUGGACAAAGAGAGACUCAAGUCCUGCAUGAGGGAACUGGAGAACUUAGGUCAGCAGGCUAAGACCAUCAGGACACAGGUGAAGAAGAACACAGUGAGGGAUAAGAUCAAGCUGGUGCAGAACUUUCUCCACAAGCUCAGGUUCCUAGCUGAUGAGCCGCAGCACAGUAUCCCUGACAUCUACAUCUGGAUGAUGAGUAAUAACAAGCGAAUCGCCUAUGCCCGUGUCCCCUCCAAAGACAUCCUGUACUCCGGGGUGGACGAGGAGACUGGGAAGGACUGUGGCAAAGUCAAAACCAUCUUCCUUAAGCUGCCUGGUAAGAAGGGCUUUGGGGCAGCUGGCUGGACAGUGCAGGCUAAGACAGAGAUCUACCUGUGGCUGGGUCUGAACCGUCAGAGGAAAGACUUCCUGUCUGGUCUGCCCAACGGCUUUGAGGAGAACAAGAUGCUGAAAGGACCUGGCUCACAGUCUGCUCCCCCCAUCAGCCUCACAUACAUGAUGAAGCAGAUCUUCCAGCUGAGGGUCCAUAUGUACCAGGCUCGCAGCCUGUUUGCGGCAGACAGCAGCGGCCUCUCUGACCCCUUCGCCAGGGUCUUCUUCUCCACACACAGCCAGGUCACAGAGGUGUUGAAUGAGACACUGUGUCCCACCUGGGACCAGCUGAUGGUGUUCGACAAUGUAGAACUGUUCGGAGAGGUCGGCGAACUCAGGGACGACCCUCCUAUAAUCGUCAUAGAAAUCUAUGACCAGGACACGGUGGGCAAAGCAGAGUUCAUGGGCAGGACUUUCGCCAAGCCCAUAACUAAGAUGGCUGACGAACACUACGGACCUCCACGUUUCCCUCCCCAACUAGAGUACUACCAGAUCUAUAGGGGGAACUGCACCGCUGGAGAGAUGCUGGCAGCCUUCGAACUGCUGCAGAUUGGUCCGCAUGGUAAAGCUGACCUGCCGCCCAUCGACGGUCCUUCAGACAUGGACCGUGGUCCCAUCCUACCUGUCCCUCUGGGCAUCAGACCAGUCCUCAGCAAGUACAGGAUUGAGGUGCUGUUCUGGGGGCUCAGGGACCUGAAGAGGGUCAACCUAGCCGCGGUGGACAGGCCUCGUGUGGACAUAGAAUGUGCCGGUAAAGGGGUCCAGUCUUCCCUGAUCCAGAACUACAAGAAAAAUCCCAACUUUGGCACCCUGGUUAAGAUGUUUGAGGUGGAUCUGCCUGAGAACGAGCUGCUCCACCCUCCCCUGAACAUCAGAGUGGUGGACUGCAGAGCGUUCGGUCGCUACACCUUAGUGGGGAACCAUGCUGUCACCACACUACGCAAGUUCAUCUACCGGGCAGCAGACAAGCAAGCCAACAACUGGAACACUCAAGAGGAGAUCAUUGUCAACUACGAGCCAGAACCCUCCAUCAAGAAGAUGGAGACCAUGGUUAAGCUGGACUCUGGGUCUGAUGCGGUGGUUAAAAUUGAGGUAGGUGAGGAUGAUAAGGGAGGGAAGAAGAAGAAGAGAAAGAAGGGAGGAGACGAGGUGGAGGAGGAAGAGUUUGAUGAGAGCAUGUUGGAUUGGUGGUCAAAGUACUUCGCCUCGAUCGAAACUCUGAUGGAGAUUCUCAAGGCUCAGGAGGCAGCUAUGGCAGAUGCCGAGGAGAAAGAGGACCAAGAUAUUUCUGCUGAGGGUGGAGAGAUCAAAUCUGAUGACUCUCCUGUCAAAGGAAAGAAAGGAAAAGGAAAGGACAAGAGGAGGCCUGGAGAUAUGCCAGAGAAGAAGAAGCACAAACUCAAUGAGCUGCAGGUGUACCCCAAGGAGUUGGAGAAGGAGUUUGAUAACUUUGAAGACUGGCUUCACACCUUCAACCUGUUCAGAGGAAAGGCCGGAGACGACGACGACCAGAACAUGGCGGAUGAGGACAGGAUUAUUGGCAAAUUCAAAGGUUCUCUGUGCAUGUACAAAGUGCCAGUGUCAGAUGAGAUGCAGAGGGAGAUGGGCUUCGACUCCAACAUGGGCAUGUUCCAGAACAUUCCAACCAACGACCCAAUCAACGUUGUAGUCCGGGUCUAUAUCAUCAGAGCAACUGAUCUGCAUCCAGCGGAUAUCAAUGGAAAAGCUGAUCCAUACAUCGCUAUCAAACUAGGAAAAUCAGACAUCAAAGACAAAGAGAACUACCUCUCCAAGCAACUCAACCCUAUCUUUGGCAAAUCUUUUGACAUCGAAGCCACAUUUCCCAUGGACUCUACACUAACAGUGUCCAUCUAUGACUGGGACUUAGUGGGCACUGACGACCUGAUUGGGGAGACUAAACUGGAUCUGGAGAACCGCUACUACAGCAAGCACAGAGCCAUAUGUGGCCUCCCAUCCAAAUAUGCCGUCCAUGGCUACAAUGUGUGGCGGGACCCCCUGAAGCCAACCCAGAUCCUGGCCAAGCUGUGUAAAGAGGGCAAGCUGGACGGGCCCCACUAUGGCCCUGGAGGACGGGUCAAGGUGGCCAACAGGAUCUUUAUGGGCCCAACCGAGAUCGAAGAUGAAAAUGGUCUGAAGAAGCAGACAGAUGAGCACCUGGCCCUGACGGCGCUGAAGCACUGGGAGGAUAUCCCCAGGGUGGGCUGUAAACUCAUCCCAGAACAUGUGGAGACCAGGCCACUCCUCAACCCUGACAAGCCUGGCAUCGAACAGGGGAGGAUUGAGAUGUGGGUGGACAUGUUCCCCAAGGAUAUGCCUGCACCUGGACCAGCCAUUGAUAUCGCACCCAGAAAACCAAAGAAGUUUGAACUGAGGGUGAUCAUCUGGAACACAGACGAGGUCAUUCUAGAGGAUGAUGACAUCUUCACUGGAGAAAAGUCCAGUGAUAUCUUCGUGCGGGGCUGGCUGAAGGGUCAGCAGGAGGACAAGCAGGACACAGACGUCCACUACCAUUCCCUGACAGGGGAGGGUCUCUUCAACUGGCGCUUCAUCUACCCCUUUGACUACCUACAGGCUGAGGAGAAGAUUGUCAUCUCUAAGAAGGAGUCUAUGUUUGCCUGGGACGAGACUGAGUAUAAGAUCCCUGCUCGUCUCAACCUACAAGUCUGGGAUGCUGAUCACUUCUCUGCAGAUGACUUUUUAGGUGCCAUUGAGCUGGAUCUGAACCGUUUCCCUCGUGGAGCGAAGACAGCCAAGCAGUGCUCCAUCAACAUGGUGCUGAACGAACAGGAUAUUCCCAUGGUGUCCAUCUUCAAACAGAGGAGGAUCAAGGGCUGGUGGCCCUUCCUGGCCAGAGAUGAGAAUGACGAGUUUGAACUCACUGGGAAAGUGGAAGCAGAGCUGCAGCUGAUGACUGCAGAGGAGGCUGAGAAGAACCCAGUAGGUGAAGGACGCAACGAACCUGAACCCCUGGAGAAACCCAACCGUCCAGACACAGCCUUCCUGUGGUUCCUUAUGCCUUUCAAGGCCAUCAAAAACCUCAUCUGCAACCAGUACUUCUGGCUCACGAUCAAGUUAGUUGUGGCCCUGCUGCUGGUGCUCAUCCUGGGCCUCUUCAUAUACAGCAUGCCUGGAUACAUGGUCAAGAAGCUAAUGGGGGCUUGAGAAGUGGAAAAUCUUAAAAGGGAUAGUUACUCAACAACUUCCAAACUCGAUAAUAUAUUAAACGACUUGUUUUCAGUAACAAGCAUCUCCUCUUCUCAUGGAGUCCCUGUAAUGUUUUUGCCAUUUGACAAGACAAUCGUACACACACCAUGUAUCGUUAAAAAAAGGUACCAAAACCAUGUCCAAGUAUAAAUAAAUAAUACAAUAAAUAUGAUUUAUUAUCUAUAUAUAUACAUCCCUUUCAAAUACCUGUUCAAGGACAUACAGUAGUAAACAUUUUAAUAUUAUGGGGUUGCAAAAAACUUCAAUCUACAAAGUAAAAUGUUUUGUUUUGGAGUUCUGAUUUUGUUCUUGCUUGAAGUCAUGUAUUAGCCUUGGUUUGCACUGACUGACUUUUCUGUGGCUGUUGAUAUUAAUGUCUUUGUUUAACAGUGUGCAGUAUGUAGUAUAUUACGUAUAAUCUGGGUUUUGUGAAUAAACUGAGAAGAACAAUAA